UCGACGAUGGCGGCGCGCACGGGAAGAGAUAAUCAGCGAUACAACGCGGUGAAUCAACGAUUGGUGGCUGGAUGCAUAUGUCAUCGACCCGCGACGAAGGACGGCGUCGAAGUCCUCAUGCUCAACUCGAAGAAAGGCGCGAGAGUGGAUGGAAGGGAUUUGAUCUUUCCAAAGGGUGGAUGGGAACUCGAUGAGACCGCAUCCGAGGCCGCGGCGCGCGAGAGCAUGGAAGAAGGCGGUGUCGCGGGGACGCUGAGCGCUUCGGAAAAGACGUACGAAUUCGUGUCGAGGUCGAGGGUCAAGGCUGGAUGCGCCGGAGACGAGGCCAAGUGCGUGGCGCACGUGUUCACCAUGGAGGUGAAGUGCGAGUACGAGACGUGGCCUGAGGAAGGCGAGCGAACGAGGUAUUGGCUCUCCCCGGACGAGGCGUGGAGACGAUGUAAGCACGAUUGGAUGCGUCAGGCGCUCGCCGACCAUCUCGCCGACGGGUUCGCGUUGGAAAAGAAGUUGUGA